CUGAAGUGCUGGAAUCAGUCUCUCUCUUCCCCACCCCCUUACCCACCCCACGCCACGCCACGCCACGCCACGCCACGCCACCGGGCUUCAUCGAACGCCACCGUAAGCUCAUUUCAAUCUCUUCACGAUGGCUGAGAAGGGAGGACAGAUUGUUCCGGAGUCUGUUUUGAAGAAACAGAAGAGAACUGAGGAAUGGGCCUUGGCCAAGAAGCAGGAGGUUGCAGCUCUCAAGGAAAAGAAAUCGGCAAACAGGAAGCUGAUUUACAACAGAGCUAAGGAGUACGCCAAGGAGUACGCAGCACAGGAAAGGGAGCUCAUUCAGUUGAAGCGUGAGGCGAGGUUGAAAGGAGGGUUCUAUGUGAACCCAGAAGCUAAGCUGCUGUUCAUCAUUCGUAUUCGUGGUAUUAACGCGAUGCAUCCAACGACAAAGAAGAUUAUGCAGCUGCUCCGUCUACGUCAGAUUUUUAAUGGAGUGUUCCUAAAAGUUAACACGGCAACAGUGAAUAUGCUGCACAGGGUCGAGCCAUACGUUACUUUUGGGUACCCCAACUUAAAGAGUGUGAGAGAAUUAAUAUACAAGAGGGGGUUCGGUAAGGUCAACAAGCAGCGCAUUGCAUUGACAGAUAACUCAAUCAUUGAACAGACACUUGGCAAACAUGGCAUUAUCUGCAUUGAAGAUCUUAUCCACGAGAUCCUGACGGUUGGCCCUCACUUUAAGGAGGCUAACAACUUCAUCUGGCCAUUCCAACUAUCGGCCCCCUUGGGUGGCCUCGAGAGGAAGAGAAACCACUAUGUUGAAGGUGGAGAUGCUGGCAACCGUGAAGAUUACAUAAACGAGCUCAUUAGAAGAAUGAACUGAGAUUGAACUUAAGAAUGAACUGAGAUUGAACUUAAGAAUGAACUGAGAUUGAACUUUAGAAUGAACUAAGUCUUUCUAUUAUUACAUUUAAAUACAUUCUCUCUCUUAAUGGUA